CAAGCGAGGCUGCAGUACCGAAGGCAUUGACAGCGGUCUUUCCACACCCACGGAGCUGGUGGAGUCUGUGAGACGACGACUGGAAUCUUCAAACAUUGCAGGCAAAGUUUCGGUCCUGUUGGUUGGAUAUGAAUUCAGCACAUCAAAGGGCGGAAUCUCCACCAUCAACCGCCAGGUGGCGCACAUGAUCAACGCCGCGGGUGCCAAAGUCCACGCAACCGUGUUGGAGGCAACUGAACAAGACGAGAGGGAUGCUAAGGUGGGCGGAGUCAACCUCAUCAAACCGGUUAGUGCUGGCUCCACUGCAAAACCAUCUGUAGAAUGGCUGACUUUGUAUCACAGCGUUCACUUUCCAGACAUCCCAUCAGAUGUCUGCUGCAUUGUGGGCCAUGUUGACGUCACAAGUAGGGCUGCCAGGAAGAUCAAAGAAGAGCGAUUUCCACACGCCAAGCUUGUCAUGUUCGGUCACGUGGCGCCAGAGGAGACGGAGCACUACAAAAGUGACGAGAAGGCCCUGGGUGUGGGGAGGAAGGAAGCCAGCAUCCAGGACGACAUUGGCAAGGCUGAUGUCGUCUUCUCGGUAGGACCGCGCAUUCACCGCCAUUACGACAGGUUCCUCCGUCGGAAUCACGUGACUCACCACAUCUUCCUACCAGAGCCUUCAAAGGUUUUCCGUGAAGCAGAUAUGAUCUUUGAAGAAGAUAAAGUCCGAAAGCCAGAGAGAGUGGUUCUGUCCAUCGGCAGGGUGCGGAAUGUGGAGAGGCUGAAAGGUCAUGACCUGGCCGCAGGAUCCAUAGACAAGGCAGCACAUCGGCUUGACAAUCAGUACACACUGAGGCUGAGAGUCCGCGGCAUCGAUAAGAACGACUUCACGAAGACCAAGAGAAUCCUGGAAGAGAAGCUGAGAUCUGGCCGGGUCAAACCCACCCUGCUCCCGUACGGCACUCAAGAGGAGAUUCGCCGAGACAUGGAGGCCUGUCAUCUGGUCCUAAUGCCGUCCCGGGCCGAACCGUUCGGACUGGUCGGCCUGGAGGCCAUCGCGGCAGGAGUUCCCGUCCUUAUCUCAGAGCACUCGGGCCUUGCAGAGCUGAUAGAGGAGCUAUCAGACAGGCUGGGGCAGCCCACGUUCCGCCACUGUAUCGUCAGAAUGAAGGGAGACACCGCGACCGACGCUGAUACAGAGAAGUGGGCAGAAAGAAUCGAGGACGUCCUCAAGAACGCCAGGUCAGAGUUCGAGGAAGCCCGCGCCUUCAGGGAGAAACUGCUGGCCUCCAAGUACUGGGAAGAGUCUCACCAGACGUUCCUACAGGCCUGUGGCAUCACUGGUCGCUUCCCAAGAGCCGCCAUGCCUCCCAGUAAACCAGCCGAGAGACCCUCCGAACCGGACCGGGAACACUUGGCUGAGACGGUAGAGGAGGCCGGGCCCGUCAGUCGGCUGGAACAGCUCAGUCUGGAACACCCAGCAACAGCCGCCAUGUCCUCCAGUAAGCAAGCGGACACGCCCAGGUGCCCACAGACAGACGACAAGGAACCAUCAGCUGAGACGGUAGAGGAGACUACUGGCAUGGCCGUCGAGUCCAGCGCAUUGAAAGAAAAGCGCCCCCUGUUGAGCCAGUCAGAAAGAGCACGUGCCAUGAGGACCUCGCCCCGUCUUCUGCAGCAGGAGGAAAUUGAACUUGAGGAACUGGGGACAGUUACAGAGACAACUCACCUGUCGCCAGCCGGGGAGGAGCAGGAGGAAACAGGAGAAGCUGAGACCGCGGGGAUGGUCUGCUGCCGACGCUGUCCGCAUGGAGCAUGCUCAGUGUUGUAG